AUGCGUCCCCAUGCUCCUAAUGCACCCCCGUACUCCCAAUCCUCCCCCAUGCCCCCCCAUGCUCCCCCAUGUGCUUCCCCAUGCUCUCAAUACACCUCCAUGCUCCCAAUGUACUUCCCCAUUAGCCUCCGCACGCCAUCUCUCACAUCCUCCCACUCCCUCAACGCCUCCUCUGCCACCUCCCUUGGACCCCCCUCUUUCUCCGCUGCUCCUUCCUCACCCUCUUCUUCCUCUGCCACCUUUCCCUUCCUUUUCCUCUCCUUCUCUGCCUCUGAAUCGUUUCUCCUCUCCAACCCUCUCCCAAUCCUGGCCCCAUUACCCUCCUCCUCCUUUCUUCCUAUCCUGCCCUCCUCCAUUCCCCUCUCUAGCACCCCUCCCCUCGCCCCAUCUUGCCCUUAA